AUGAACUCCCAAGAAUUAUGGGUCCAAGCUUAUGGCAGACUCAAAUCAUGCAAAUCAAUAAGCACAACACAGCUCAAACAACUCCAUGCAUUUAUCAUCAAAACAAGGCCUCUCCCUUUCCCAACCCAACACCUCAUGUAUCCAAAACUCACUUCUUCAACUGAAAAAAACUUCACUCACAUUCUCUCCUUCUUAAACCACUUGGAAAAACCGGACCUCUGCCUCAGCCUCUACAAUGCCAUCAUCCAAGGCCUCCCUUCAAACCCCAACAACAAAGCAAGCUCGCUUCUUCAGGUGUUGGAAUUACUCAAACAUAUGCUUAUCAAUGGCCUCCUUCCUGAUAACUACACUGUUCCCUCCGUUCUCAAGGCAUGCGCGCAUUCGCGUGCGCUGAGAGAAGGCCAGCAAAUGCACACCUAUGCUAUCAAGACUGGGCUUGUUUUGUCCAAUGUGUAUGUGAAGAACACUCUUAUGAGGCUUUAUGCUGUUUGUGGGGUUAUAAAUUGUGUCCGCAACUUGUUCGAUGAAGGUCCUCAACGAGACUUGGUGUCAUGGACUACGCUUAUUCAGGGUUAUGUUAAAAUGGGGUUGCCCAGAGAAGGCGUGGAAGCAUUCUUUGAUAUGUGUGAUGCCAAAAUGAUGGCAGAUGAGAUGACAUUGGUCAUUGUUCUCUCUGCUUGCUCUAAAUUGGGAGACUUGAACUUGGGGAGGAAGAUAAAUGAAUACAUAUAUGAUAAUGGGGUCUACCGAGAUGUUUUUAUAGGAAAUGCUCUGGUUGAUAUGUACUUGAAGUGUGGAGAUGCUGAUUUUGCAUAUAAGGUGUUUAACGAGAUGCCUGUGAGAAAUGUGGUUUCUUGGAAUUCAAUGAUAUCAGGUUUGGCACAUCAAGGGAAAUUUAAGGAAGCAUUGGAUGUGUUCCGGGAGAUGCAAAGAAUAGGUCUUGAGCCAGAUGAUGUUACUUUAGUUGGUGUUUUGAAUUCGUGCACGAAUCUUGGAGUGCUCGAGUUGGGGGAGUGGGUACAUGCUUAUGUUGAUAGAAAUCGGAUUGAGGCAGAUGGGUUUAUAGGGAAUGCACUCGUGGAUAUGUAUGCUAAGUGUGGAAGCAUAGACCAAGCCUUUAGAGUUUUUCACGGCAUGAAACGUAGAGAUGUAUAUUCCUAUACUGCCAUGAUUGUCGGAUUAGCUAUGCAUGGGGAAGUUGAGAUGGCAUUGGAUAUAUUUGCUGAGAUGCCUAGAAUGGGCGUCGAACCAGAUGAGGUGACAUUUAUAGGAGUCCUGGCAGCAUGUAGUCAUGGAGGACUUGUUGCAGAGGGUCAUAAAUAUUUUAGAGAUAUGUCAAGUGUGUACAGGCUCAGACCUCAGACAGAGCAUUACGGCUGCAUGGUUGACCUUUUAGGCCGGGCCGGGUUAAUUAACGAGGCAGAGGAGUUUGUUAAAAACAUGCCAAUUGAGCCUGAUGCCUUUGUCUGGGGGGCCCUAUUGGGAGCUUGUAGGAUCCAUGGGAAAGUAGAGCUUGCUGAAAGUGUAAUGAAAAAACUAUUGAAGGUAGAGCCAGAGAGAGAUGGUGCAUAUGUGCUCAUGUCAAACAUUUAUUCCUCUGCAAAUAGAUGGAAGGAUGCAGUGAAGUUGAGAAGGGUAAUGAAAGGCAAGAACGUGAAGAAAACUCCUGGUUGUAGUUCAAUUGAACUUGAUGGUGUUGUUCAUGAAUUUAAAAAGGGUGACAAAUCACAUAAAAGAAGUAAAGACAUAUACAAAUUGCUGGAUGAGAUUAUGAGCCACGUAAAGAACCAUGAGCUAUUGGCACAUUGA